AUGGUUUUCCUAAAAUUAGGGUUCUGCGCUUCUUUCUCUGAGAGAUAUAAAUUGGAGAAGGAGCAAUCCACGGAACCACCGCCGUCUGUGAUGACGUCACUUCCCGACGACGUCAUCAUUGAUAUUUUAGCGCGUAUACCGAGAUGCGACUAUCCAAUACUCUCCCUCGUUUCCAAACACUUCCGAUCACUUGUUUCCUGGCCUGAGAUAUACGUCAGGCGAUCUUUGUUGGGCUGCACCGAACACUGUCUCUAUUUUGUCCUCUGUGACAGAGACAACUAUGAUAACCGUUUGUAUAUUCUCCGCCGGAAAGCCAAAGGCAAUAGCCGCUUGGUCCUUAUCCCUUCGCUUCCUGCUUUGCCUCGUGGUGGAAGCUAUGUCGCGGUGGGGUCGAGGAUAUAUGUGUUUGGUGGGGUUAAUAAAGAUAGGACAACAAGUGCGGUAACCAUUGAUUGUAGAUCUCACACGGCACAACCUCUCCCCAGCAUACCUAUGCCAAUGUAUAAUACAGUGGCUGAUAUCAUCGACGGGAGAAUCUACCUAAUUGGAAACAGUGAUUGUGGCGAUGACCCGAAGAAGGUGAUGGUGGUGUUCAAUACAGAAACACAAACGUCGGAGGAGCCUGCGACGAUAAAGGCAGACAUUGAGCUACGUGACACGUAUUACCAUGGUUGUGUGAUGAUGGCUGAUAAGUUGUAUAUGAGGGAUGAUGAUAACAGCUUUGUUUACGCUCCAGAGGAAAAUAAAUGGGAAACAGACGAGAUGCUGAAUUUAAUGAAGUGGAACAAUGCGUGUGUGGAUGAUCAAGUAUUGUACUUCUUUGAUUGUGGUGAGAACAAUUUAAGAAGGUAUGAUCCGAAGAAGAGGUGUUGGGGAGUGGUGAAUGGUGAAUGGUUUGGAAGAGUUGUUGGCUAA